AUGGAGGCGCUGACCUUGGUGUGCGACGUGGCCUUGUGCUGGAGCUGGAGCAAGCGGGCCACGAGCUGGAGCUGGGGGCAAGGCGACGAUGGGCCUUGGGUGAGGCGCGGGCUGAGCAGGAGAAGAAGGGCUGGGUCUAGGCGUGACGUGGGCCUCCAUGCUGAAGCUAACGGGCCAGGCGCGACGUGGGCCUCCAUGCUGAAACUGGGACUGACUAGCGCUGGCUGGAGAAGUGGGCAAAUUGGGCUGCUCCAUUCAGCUUGGGCUAGUCCAAGUAGCUCGAAAUAA